GGUAAGUAACUUUUCUAUAACGUAAGCAUCAGUAUAAAGUUCCACACUUCAAAGAUAAGGAAAACAAUAUUCAAAAUUACGAUAAAAAUACCUUAUGUUAUCUUCUGUUAUCUAACUCAAGCUUUCGAAUCAUUUGCUAAUCACCUUCCUACUUACGAACACUAUAAAACCUGACCCUAAUCAGCACACACCAUUACUUACUCUUCGACUUUCGUACCGAACACAUACUUCUGAAUAUCCCUGUUAUUUGUACUUGGUGAUCGAGUAUGACCACCGACCAGCCCAUCGUCGCGCCCGUCAUCAAGGCCCCGUUGCGGGCCCCGGAUCUACGGUCACGACCCCACGAACCCCGGAAGCAAGGCUGCCGCUCAAAAAAUGCAGCUUACCCCAUAAAGCGUACCAAAAAGAGCGGUGGUACACGGCAGCCUUGCACAGCCAAAGGGGAGGGUAGAAGAGGAACUCGCUUUCUCAACUACCCACCCCAAACCUCCACACCGCAGACGCCACCGCACCUGACUCCUCGACGGUUGAGCACCGCGCCGCUCCACGCACGCCCACCGGACAGAACACGUCGUCGUUUGUCGACCCGCGGAGCCGACAAACCGGGGCGACGAAGUUGGAGAUUCGUCGCCUCACAACGACCCAAACAGCAGCCCGAAGGACACCCGCACCCGCCCCCGCCGACUCCAAGGAGAAGACGGGCUUGGGCGCCGAGAUUGGAGGCUCGUCGCCCGCCAACGAACCACGCAUGCCCACCGGACCCGGUAGCACGCCAGGGAGGACGUCGAGAGGGAGCACUCGCCGCCCCCCCGCAACACCGCUGACAGGCCGCCGCCAGUCAGCCAUACAGAUGGCCCGCCGGCUUCGCCGCGGCCCAUCGCUGAAGCCAAGCCUAUUUGGCAAUCAAAGACACGCCCGUGGUCACGGGCGGCGAAAAUAUACCACCAAGAAUCCUUUCACUAGGAUGGAAAGGCCCAGUUCAUCCCCCAGAAGGGGGGAUUGACAUGCCUGAAUAUGCCUGUUAUUUGUACUUGGUGAUCGAGUAUGUCCGCAUCGAAGUCUAUUCCUAGCCAGCCGGCCGGUAUCCUUCAGAUGUACCGGUACGGUAACGGUAUCAAUGAGGCCAGUGGAGUCCUGAUACCACUAAUAUGGUGACCCUACGCCUCUGCAACGGACCACCAUCCCGCAACAAAUAGUUCCGGCGAGCUGCAACGGCACCAGUGUAUCUUACGACGGCCCCACAUUCUCCACGCCCGGCGUGCACACGCCCAUCGACCUCGACGACCCCAACAGCUUCCCUC